UUAAUUCCGGGAAUCCACAAGCAGUUUCCUUGCAAUUUGCAAGUUAUGACUUUCGUAUACACUGCAAUGACUGUGAUCAUCACUAAUUCAUCUAUCCAAUGUCUAGGUUGUGAGGUAAGCACCUUAUUUAGCGGUGAAAAAGACAAUGACCGUUUACGAAUGCUCAACACUACUGGCCAAAGAUUAACAAAACUAAAUCGUCAGAACUGCAGUGUCAACUUGAAUAAUUCAUGGUAUAUUGGUUGUUAUGGGGAGAAGGUUCCACUGAGAGAAAAUAUAAGAUUAUUUCACCUUGAAUGGCGGAAACGUAAGAACAAGGAUAAUUAUGCAUAUUUUUUUAAGGUAAGGAAACUCUAAAAUGACCUGUGUACUUGUAUUAUAAAAUAUGACAUUGUAUACCCAUCGAUUCCCAAACUGUGUGAACCGUGUGUUCGGAAACAGAACUAGCCUGUGAAAAUGGAUUUUUGAAAUUUGAACUCGCAAGGCAAUUCCAAACAAUAUCCUGUCUUUCUGAUCAGCUUUAUUGUUAACUAGUAAUAGUUGACACUACAGCUGCCCCCGUUCUGUAUUAUUGUCGGUCAAUAGUAUUCUUGCUGGUUGUGUAGCUCUUUGAAAUAUACCGAUUCAUAAUGAAGAUUUUCACAUAUUCCAUACAAUAGGUGAGAUAAAUACAGGAAACGCAAGGUUUCAUGCACAGUUUCAGCUGGAUUUACACAGCUUUGAUCAAAAUUCCGGUCAAAGAGAGAGAAAGAGUGUCUGGCAAGGUUUCCAAUAUAAAUCAAAGAUUCGUGAACUCGUGUCUGGCAAACUCUCCAAGUGUUUAUAUGUACACAGUUAAACGCACCUUAUAACCUCCCCUGCGCUUAACGAGUGUCUUUUGGUCCAUAACUUUCAAAACAACUGCUCCACAGAAUGUCACUGCGUAACGCAAAAGAGUAUCGAAGUAUGACUGCACAAUAAAUGUCACAAAAUCUACCUGAGCGGUCCCUUCAUGAUUUUCUGUCUUUACGUCAUCCUAACCAUUUCGUACUUGCGGGCGCAAACAAUAGAAACGUCAUCGUUACUUACCGAUUCCGCGCGGCCCCAGUCCGAGCAAAUCGAGAUUUUUUUUUAGUAGACUGACUGUAUAUUUGAACUGUAAGUACUGUACUUAAUAUACGCGCGAGUUACUAGGGUGCCUCCUCGGGAUUUCGCGAAAUCCCUGCGGGGGCAAUAAUUGUUGCUGAGUUAGACACACGCUUCAGGAACUUCGUCACCUACAUGAACAGCAACUUCCAUACCAACUGCUUUUUCAUUCGGGAAUCGCAAAAGCAGACACUGAUCGAUAGUUCCUUCUGUUUGUUAUUACCUACUGGUAAGAACACUUGCAAAUGUGUAUAAAAUAUGUUCUUCUUCUGUCCUGUUCAACUCCAAAACAUUGGGGAGUGGGAAUGUUUCUGUUUACAUGUUCAGCGGCUUUUAAUUUUGAACUGUAGUGUUCGAAUUAGAGCUUAAUUCAUGUGUAACAAGAAAGCAACAUCCAACAACCCUGGGAUGGAUCAUAAAAUCAUAGGUGGUCUUAAGCGUUCUAAAAGACAUGUUCUGGUGCAUUCAUUCCCUCUUGUGUAGCAGUUUUUUCAUGUUCCGUUUCUAGUUUUGUUUUUGUUUCUUCCCGUAAGCAAAUUAAGACACCUCCCGUAACCGGACCCGUAACUCUUGGACCGGAAGGUGUUCGCUUACGGAAGGUUUGACUGUAUAUUGGAAUUGCAUUACAUUGUGUCGACAUCCAACUCCUGUAUAUCUCAAGGUUGAUUAUAAAUUUACUUAAAUAACGUGAAAAGCCUUCUUCGCGUCUAAUAAAGAAACGUAUUUAAUUGAAACAGGUGUUGAACGACUCGUCAUUGCGAGGCAGGAUCAUCAACCUUGGUAUAAACUGCACUGAUGGUCGUUACCGUGAAGGCUGUUUGUUAUUCAAACUGGAGGGAAGUUUAUCAUGUAAGUUGACGUGAAAUCGCAUUAUUUUUUCCGCUUUAAGCAUAAACCCAUAAUGUCGCCGAUGCUACUGUUGAUUUCUAAUCCGAUAUAAUUAUUUGAAAAUAAUAAGCUAUUGCAACUAUCUCGUAAUUUAGUCAAGCCAGAAUCUAGCUUUUCGGAGGCUGGCAAUUCUUUCUUCGCUUUUAUUUGAGUCUUCGAUUCUUUAUAUAAGAAAGUAUUUAUUACAAUUAUCCUGUUUUACGACAGGUCCUUUAAGAAAACCUCAUCUGUAUGGAUUACAGUCUACCACAGUUCCUACAGCAUCUCUUUCAUCUGCCAGAAAACCAACAGCAUCUCUGAUGUCUAGAGCAACACUAGGUUCUACACGAACAUUGGAGUCUACAGCAAAACCGGAAUCUAGAAAAGUACCUGCCUUUUUAUCUUUUUGUUAUAUUAUCUGCUCAUUCAAUCAAAGACCUAACUUUUUACUAUCAAAUAUUACCCUAGAUAAUGAAAGGUAUGUAGUCCCAAACAGAAUUUGACUUAAGAUCGAAUUACUGUAUAAGGGCUAUGGGAGAUACCGAUGCCACCCACCUGCUUCCAAGUUUCAUUACUAUUAUUAUUAUUAUUAUUAUUAUUAUUAUUAUUAUUAUUAUUAUUAUUAUUAUUGUUAUUAUUAUUAUUUAUUUUUUUUGGUUAGAAGGCCGCUCAUAAUGACGUCAAAGAUCCCCACCCAUGCUAUAUCCCAUAACAUAUGUACGCCGUUAUGUAGGGCUUAUGGCGCGCUAUUCAUUCAACAUUCGCUAGCAAUGCAAAAUACAAUAAUGCAUGACGUUGCAAGAGCCCAAGGGGUAGGGGGGCAAGGGGAGAGUUCAUCUACCACCACAACCCCCUGAUUGUAUGUUCAAGGGUGAGUUAGUUACUUUACGACAGCAUUUGCAUAAAGUUUCAUGCAUCAUACUAAAUUGUCAGAAAGCAUAACACAAUACAAGUUGUUUUUGCUGUCUUGAUUUGUUGACCCUUUAUUCUAGACUACCUCAGCAAAGUCAAACCCAGGAUUAAUGAAAGACAAGCAAAAGCCUGAUGAUGCCAGCUCCUCCUCUUCACUGGGUCUCAUAGCAGGAGUGUCUGCUUCUAUAGCAACUAUUGUGAUUGUAAUUGCAGUUGUCGUACUGUACCGACGCCGGAAAUCUAGGUAAACGUUUAGUACUAGCGCUUAUUGUCAAGGUAAUGAUGACUAGGGCUUGGUUCUAAACGACCGAUUAGCGCUAACAAUGACAGGGUUAGAAUGUUAAUCCAUAACUUCAUUUUACUGCCCUUGGAUUUUCUUUGGGUUAUUACAACUGAAUUUAACAUCUUUUAAUGAACCAGGCCCAGCUGAAGCCUUAUUUUAAUAACACGAUGAAAAUAAACAAAAUGUAUGGUAAAAGGGUUGAACUUCAAGAACACACUGUGUUAAGUGUUUGACGCUACCUGAUGCUUGUUGGUAUACAAAUUUACAAUUAACAAAAAGAACCGACGAGGAAAGGAAAGUGUGAGAGAUGAACCAGGUACCAAAGAUUUGAGCACGGCGAGAAACCCUAAUGAGCUACGAGGCCAGUCGAGAAUGGGUCGUGGUAAUCUAGUUUUAUUAAAGUAGUAGCAAUAGUGGAUGUAUACUGUGUGAACAACUUUUGUGAGCUGCGUAACAUAAACAAUCUUGUGAAGUGACAAAAUGUGAAUUGCCCACAUUGUGCGCUGGAUAAAAUUGUGCACUGGAUAAGUGAUUCUGUUUUCCUGUAUUUACAGAAAGGGUGCUCAUGCAAGUACUUCUGAGGAAUUCAAAAAGGUACUUUUUGUACAUUAUGUAGUAUAGACUGAGAACAUUGACUCCUUUUUUUUUGUCAUUAUCUAGAAAAAUGUCUACACUUGUCAAUAGGUUUAUGAAAGAGACGGUAGAUCAGAAAGUUUUCCAAUAACUAUAGCAAUUCUGUAAUAAGUUGCAUUUCUUAAGGGAUGUUCUGUUUAAUCCUUUCCGCAUAUGUUGUUAAAUCAGAAGGUAAGUAAGGAGAUUUUGGCUGCUUACCAUUUACAAAAAGUUUCCGGAAAAUUUGAUCGGAAAGUAACUGGAACACGACUUUUCGGGUCGUUUCGGACGACAAUUUCCGGUAGACGGGUAGACUGAAAAGGUGGUCCUGUUUUCCCGGUUUGAAUAGUUCCAAACGGAAAUCCGUGUUCCAUUUCUUCAAAAACCAGUUUCAGACUUUUGCGGCCGUAUUUCGGUAAAUGUAACUGAUUAGUGCAAAUGGCAAACGCAAUUCCGGGACGAAAUUUACCAGUCUUGAUUUUUGUUUACCACUUUUCCAAACCAAGAGCCCACCGCUUUGCCCAUGUAAAUGGUAAACAACCGCUACUUUUAUUUAUUCUUUCCUAGAAUGGAAACUCAGAGCAAAACGUAGCAUUUCAGCCGGACGCUCAAAAUGAUUACCUGCCAAACAGGAUGAAAGAGCCACGUACGUAACAAAAGCUUAAAAAAUGUACUAGAAAAACAACCAUUAGUUAUUAGCAGGUCCAGGUUGAUAAAAGAUAUGUAUGGAACAGGCAUAACCUCUUGCGCGUUUUUGAUACAAAGUCGCGACGGAUUUUAAAAGGCAAAUUGUAGGGUAACAAUAGUCCUUUGUACUGCCAACUCAAAUUGCGGAAAACUGUGUGAAGUUAAUAUCGCAAUUGGUAUUCCAUGCCAUGGUAUUCGAAUUCCAGUAUUUUAAAAUUUAUUGUCAAAUUGUUAGGGCUUCAAUCAACCAACCACAGGCCAAAGGACAUUCGGCUAACAAAACGUGUCACUUCCACGUCUAAAAUGACAUCUGCCAUGGUUGGAGAAAGAUCUGACUGUCUUGUAAUGCGAGGAAGGAGGCCUUGUGCCUCGUUUCUGUGACUUACAUGAACCGUGACAUAAAUGACACUUUCGUGACAAAUCACCCGGAUGACCGGAAACCCUCCUUUGCUGGUAGCUGGAGAAAUACAAUAAUGAUCAGUCUAAUUCAGCAUAAAACCAUUUCUUUCUUUCAGAAAUAAAUCUCGUAUUCCCUUUCAUCAUCGGUACAUUCCAUAGUUUACCCAGAAAGCUGUACUCAACUUAAAUGUACUGUGACUUCUGGGCUAAACCAAUCUGUUUUUGACUGUUGCCAUUAUUUUACAAUAAAUUUAAAUUUACAGGCAAUUCUCAAAUCGGGGAAGUCUAUGCUGCUCUUGAUGUCCCUGAGGGACACAAUAUUUAUGGUCCUGGAAAUGUUGAUGAGCCAUUCUACAACUUUCUGCAUGAUCCUGCCCAGGACAAGGAAGAAGGACAACGUUACAGCUGCCUUUCGUUAGACCCAGCAAUGUACCAGACCUUAGAAAAACUACAGGUCGAGGACCAAAGAAAUACUGAGUAUAGCUGCCCUACAGAACCAAUGUACAACGUCUUGGAAGGGCCUACCCCUGGAGUCAGAAAUGAAACUGAGAGUUGUGGAGACAUUUCUGUGAAUGAACCAUUCUACAACACUGUGAAGAAACCCGUCUCCAGCGAGGGUCUCUCAAGCGGUAACAAUGACCCUGUCUACAACACUUUGGAGGAUCCUCUUUAUCUUGGUUUUGGCUGUGGUGGACAAAAUGGUUCCACUGGCUUGCAAGACCCUGUGUAUAACGUUCUGGAGGGUCCUGGCGCCGACGUCGUGGAGUGUUAA